GCGGCACCUGCUGCCCCUGCUUGCACUCGCGCUGUGCUGCACGUCCUUGUGCGCGGCGGCUGGGGACCGGAAGCCUUUCUGGCAGAUGCCCAGUAGGUUCACGACGGAGAAUGGGGUGAAAAGGAAGCUGACGGACGAAGAGUACUACGGUGCGUUUUUACGCGGUCGUCCCCAUGGGGCCCGCGACUAUGAGCCUCGGCACCGGAUAAUGCCGCUGUUCGACGAACGCUAUGAGAAGCCCAAUGCGACAGAGCUUAGUGCUGAGGAUGCCAAGGAUGUAUUCGGAAAGUCGUCGCUCGUCGUGUCAAAGGCGCAGGAUGGGAAAAAGAAGAUGGAUAAAGCAGUGAAAACUGUGUUUGACGCCAUGGUGGCCGCGGAGAAUGCCCUGAGUGCUUCAACACUUGUCUUUGCAACAGCGGUUGAAUCGGUAAAUAAAUUGAAAGCGCUGAUAGUUCUACCGGAAGUGAGGGGCCAAAAACCAACGUUGAAGCAAGACCCCAAAUUGAAGGAGGAAGUCCCAAAGAUUAUUCAAAGCAUCAAUAAGACGUCCGACUUGUUUCUUCUUGCCAUCGCGAAUUUUUCCGAGGUAAAAAGCAAAACGACGGCAGCAGAGGAGGCCCCAAAGGCCGGGAUUGAGCAGGUUCAACUGACGUUGGCUGACGUCAGGGUGUUAAAGAAGAGGUUCGGUGCGGCUUUCGAAAACACCACGGCCGCAGAAGACAACGCGGAGCACGCCAUCAUCAGGGCAAAAAAUGUUCUUGGCCCUGCUGUGCGAGCAAGGAGGAACACAAUUGAAGCAGAACGUUUCCUUAGGGAGGCUGUGGGGAAUAUGACGUUUGCAUACGGCUAUACCGAUGCCGCGGACCCCACAAGGACUACACAGACUCCUAAGCGUGAUGCAGCGGAUAUGAUUGGUAAGGCACUGUACCGUAUGCGGACCACCGAAGAAGAGGCUCGUAAGGCCCUGGAAAUGGCAAAGAAGGCAUUUGAUGACGCUAUGGAAUCCUUAAUAGAGGCACGAGCAGCGGAUAUGUUUGCCGAGGGGCUCGAGGAGUACGCUCGGGCUGUGCAGAAAGCUGCUGUGAAGGAAAUGAAGAAACACGGUCUGGAAAAGGAUGUGCCAAAGGAGCUUCUGGUCGAGAAAACCAAGCCGUUGCCUACCCAGGAGACAGUACGUGCUGAGGGAGCCGGUUCUCGCGGAACUUCUGGACAUGCUGUUGACACUCCUUCUGCUUCUGCUCCUAAUUCAUCUGUGAGAG